AUGCCUAACGGACCACCCCCCGGCUAUGAUCAGGCGACGGCGGAACGCAAUACAGGCCCUCGAUCUGCUGGGCCGAUUCGCAAACCGGUGCAGCCACUCGAUCUGCCCAUCAUCAAGCACCUCAACACCAAGCGAGUGGUGCUCGCAUCAGCUUCACCUCGGCGCAAGGCCUUGCUCCAACAAAUUGGCUUAAACAACCUGGAGAUCACCCCCUCCACAAAGCCCGAGGACGUGGAUAAAGCAGUCUAUGGACCCUAUGAAUAUGUUGCUGAGACGGCUCGCCGAAAAUGUCUCGAUGUCUACACGACAUGUUUAGAGACGCACCUAAAGUCGAUACCGGACCCCGACGUCGUAAUUGCCGCCGACACAAUCAUCGCCACUCGAGACGGCCGCAUAUUAGAAAAGCCCCGGAGCGAGGCAGAACACAUCCGCAUGCUGAAGCAUAUGCGUGAUACAGAGAUGCAUCGUGUCUUGACGGCUGUAACGGUGCUGGCACCUCGGGAAGAUGCACAGCAUCCCGGCUACUGCAUUACCACUCACACAGAAGAGACAAAAGUGUACUUCUUCAGCGAAGCGAACGGCCUACCGGACGACGUUAUUGAAGCCUACGUAAAAACCCGCGAGGGUGCAGACAAAGCUGGAGGCUAUGCCAUCCAAGGGAUUGGCGGCAUGAUACUCGCUGAGAAGAUUGAGGGCAGUGUGGACAACGUGGUGGGAUUACCAGUCAGGCGAUGUUUAGCCAUGGCCGAAAAGGUCGUGUUUCAACAGGAUGCGGAUGAGUUUGACGAUGGUGCCACCGAUGAGGAUGAUUGA